CGGGAAAGAUACCCUCGGGAGGGCUGCAUACAUAUCAUUACAAUGAACGCCCCGUACCCAGAAACGUGGGAGGGCUACCCAGCAGCGGUCAAAAUGACCAACACCUCUCCUCUCAGCAUUCGGGGGGCUUCGAGUGCGAGUUUCAACGGCACGCUCAUUCACUAUGAUUUUUUCGAUUCUGCGAGGACUAUUCCUCAGGCAAUGACUGCUUUUACGGCCAUUGCUUGGUUCAAUUCAGCUGAAACGCUGAUUCUGAUCUUUCUCUAUUUCAAAAAGUAUCAAGGGUUGUACUUUUGGAGUAUUUUACUCGCAACGGCGGCAGUAAUACCAUAUGCGACGGGUGCUUGGAUGAAACAGUAUGAUCUUCAUCAUAGCUAUCGCGUCGACGAAGUCCUUUUGACAUGUGGUUGGAUCGUCAUGGUCACCGGCCAAGCCUUCGUUCUUUAUUCACGGCUCCACCUUAUCUCACAGGAUUACGCACUCCUUCGAUUCGUCUUCUGGAUGAUAGUAUUCAACGCCUCGGUUUUCAUACUACCUACACUCGUACUCGACUCCUUCCAAUUCAGCGCCAAACACAGUCACAUAUACUAUAAUGGCUACUUCAUCAUGGAAAAGAUACAAAUGUCCGUGUUUGCUGCGCAGGAGAUCUUCAUCUCGGGCAUUUACCUUUGGAAUAUCUGGAAGAUGUUCAGGGUCCGACGCAUUCUGAGUUUCAAGACGAAGAGAAGCAUGUGGCAAUUGCUGGCCAUGAACGUUAUACAUUGCGUUUUGGAUCUGACACUCUUGAUUUUGGAGUUUAUGAACCUCUACCAGAUCCAGGCGACUUUCAAGGGGCUGGUAUAUAGUGUGAGUUUGAAGAUUGAGUUCGCAGUUCUCAACUCGCUUGUUGAAUCUGUGCGGGAUCGGAAUAGCACCAAUAGUGUGUCAUAUGUCAUUCCAAAACGGAAAGAUGGUACUGCUAUUGAGAUGGUACCGGAAGGAUCUGGCCCGCUUGGGGGGGAUGCUAAACGUCACAAUCACAAUCCAUUGGAACAGGGGACGUUCAUUGGGGCUUCGCCAGCCAACAUGAGAGACCCUCAUGCUCAUCAUCAGAGGCCAAAUCAUAGCAUCAGUUCUGUGAAUAACAUGUAUCCUGGGCGGCUGGGCAAAAUAUGAAUUUAUUCUUUCGCGACAGUAUGUUGACUUUCGUAAGAAAAGCAUCAAGCGUACGCAAUGUGACUUUGAAGUUGAGUGAUAUGUUCAAAGAAUCUCCAUUCUAUUGUAACUGUUAUGACUUGACUUCAUCUCUUCCAUACUAUGGUAGAUGGCUUUCCUCUGAGCGUUCAAUUGCACCUUUCCUUUCUUAGAUUGUUCUCCAACGACUCUGCAACUGGAGUUCCACUCGUUUGUUUUUCCAUCAUUUCCCAACUGCCACUUUGUAAUGU